GUUUGUCCUGAAUGAGCUGGUACAGACAGAAAAGGACUAUGUCAAGGAUCUGGGGAUUGUGGUGGAGGGCUUCAUGAAGAGAAUAGAAGAAAAGGGUGUCCCUGAGGACAUGCGAGGGAAGGAUAAAAUUGUGUUUGGAAAUAUUCACCAGAUUUACGACUGGCAUAAGGAUUUUUUCCUGGCUGAACUGGAAAAAUGUAUCCAGGAGCAAGACAGACUGGCCCAGCUCUUUAUUAAACACGAGCGGAAGCUGCACAUCUACGUGUGGUACUGCCAGAACAAGCCGCGCUCCGAGUACAUCGUCGCCGAGUACGACGCUUACUUCGAAGAGGUGAAACAGGAGAUAAAUCAAAGGCUGACGCUUAGCGACUUCCUUAUCAAGCCCAUUCAGAGAAUCACAAAAUACCAGUUGCUCCUCAAGGACUUCCUGAGAUACAGUGAGAAGGCUGGUUUGGAGUGUUCCGAUAUCGAGAAAGCCGUGGAGUUAAUGUGCCUUGUUCCAAAACGCUGCAAUGACAUGAUGAAUCUGGGACGCCUGCAGGGCUUUGAGGGCACCCUGACCGCGCAGGGGAAGCUGCUGCAGCAGGACACGUUCUAUGUGAUUGAGCUGGACGCAGGCAUGCAGUCCCGAACCAAGGAGAGGCGCGUGUUCCUCUUUGAGCAAAUCGUCAUCUUCAGUGAACUGCUAAGGAAGGGAUCACUCACCCCGGGCUACAUGUUCAAAAGAAGCAUCAAGAUGAAUUACUUGGUCCUGGAGGAGAAC